AUGCUGUCACAAAGUUUGCUGAAAUACCUCGAAGAAUACGACUUUCCCUAUAUGAAAGAUGUUAACAAGUAUGAAAAGAUCAUCAAAAUCGGCCAAGGAACCUUCGGAGAAGUUUUCAAAGCCAGAGACAAGGAAACUGGAAGAAUCGUUGCACUGAAGAAAAUCCUGAUGGAAAAUGAGAAGGAAGGGGUAAUAUUUCGAUGCUUUCUUCGAACGCUGCUUUUUUGCUAAAA